UGACCUUGCGGGAAGUACAACGCCUUAGCUUUCCGGUUCAGUUUUCACUUUCUCUCUCUCCUUUUCCCUUCCUCCUCUUCCUCCCCAGCCCCUUUUUCACUUCCUGGGGCUGGCGGAGGGUGGGUGCAGCCUCCCCUGCGAAAGCGGAGCCCGCGUCGGACAUGUUUCCCUUUGCUUAGCCAUGUCGCUUGCCCGGCCCGGGGAGCAGAUGGAAGAGAAGAGCGGGCAUCCUUGCCAGAGAGGAGUGGGGCGGGGGGCACCCUCCCCGUCAUCCCGGGCCAUUUCUCCCCCCUUGCUCCGGCCGCGGGUUCCCAUCCAAGCGCAAGCUUGAGAGAAGGGGGAACCCCCGCUCCCACCCCCACCGCACGCCCCGUUGCCCCGCCGUUGAAUGAGCGUUUCCCCCGCCCCAGCAUCAUCUCCGGCCUCCUGGGUCGGAGCCCCAGGGGCAGCCAAGACCCCUCUGGUUUUUUGACUCGGGGAGGGGGGGGGGAGGCGCCGUUUGAGCCCCCCCCCAGAAAGGACGCGGAGGCCGGCCACUGCCCUGCAAGCAUGCGGAGCGGCGGGGACGGGCGGCGGGGACCGCGGCUGCCCCAUUGAGGGAGCGGGCGGAGGGGCGGAGAGAAGACGCCCGCUGCCAUGGGGGAGCCGCAGGACACCGGCACCGCUGGCGCAGCUUUUCACCAAAUGCCAGUGGAUUCAAGUUCCCUUUACCAGUCAGCAGUUUCGGUGCUGCAUAACUCGUAUUUGGAUUCCACAUCUCGGAAUGGCUUUCAGUACAGUCGAGUGACUUUGGUGAAUAAUGAUGUAUUUUUAAAGGAGUACAAAACUUUUACCCAAGAAAAGGAAGCGAGUGGCUAUACCAAGGAGGAACUUGAUGAGACCUAUGCAUUUCUUCUGUUUGAUAGUGAAAGAGAGGCAAAAGCGGUGUGUCAGAGUGGACUUCGUAUAAACACCAGACCCCUUACCACGCUAGGUGAUCCAGCGAAAGGGGUUUAUGUUUCCAAGUACUCGGACUACCUUCAUCCAAGGCCCUGGUAUCAUGGAAAAUCUGGCUGUAUUGUAAUUUUUAAACUAAUUAAGGGAAAGGUCAAGUUCAUGCCAGAGAAUUACACGGCAAAUUACACCAAUCCGACUCCUGGCUAUGACUGCCACAUCUCUGUGAAUAUAAACAAUAUUUCCUUGGAGACUAGUCAUUUUCGGGCCUUCGAAUUGAGUCAGUAUUACGUGUAUGAAAUUUCCAGUGACAGUGUUGUUGAACGCCCUAGACAGAUUUGUCCCUAUGUAAUAAUAGCCUUUCAGUACACUGAACCUAAAAUAAUGUCAACAUUAAAUCAUAAAAGAAUAAUUGAACUUGAAAAUAAAGUAUAUUAUUGCCCAUGGAGAGGGCAGCUUUCUAUCCAGGGGCACCUAUUGUGUGAUAUAGCCUUUAAGUCCCCAUAUAGUGCUGUGAUUCCAGCACAACUGCCAGCCAAACUGGAAAUGAAAUAUAUCAUAGGCGUGUCUGAUUUGAAAAAAAAGCUACCGGAAGCUGCAUUUGGAAAAAGUAAUUACACUGAAAAUGAAGUCUGUUAUCAAGAUAUUUCCUUCAGUUUGUAUGAAGUGGAAAUUUCAAAUAAAGACCAACAUAAAAUGGAUCCAUUAUUAGAAAACCUAAAGGAAAAGGAGUUGGCUAUCAUCAAAUAUUUACAAGAUCAAGGGUUUCUUAUUUUACUUACAUCCUCUGCGUUAACAGAUGACAAAGGUUUUGACCUAGAUGAGCCCAUCAGUCUCCAAGCGUUGUUUUUAUUCACUUCUUCUAGAUCAAUAUGUUCGACAGUAAAAAAACAGGAAUUGAAUUGUGAAAACAAAUUCAACGAGAUCUCUUUAAAAGUAACCUCUGUUUUGCCGGGCCUUCACUGUGCCAUACAGGAAGCUACAACAUAUUCACCUGAGGCGGGACUCCAUUCCAGCAUUUUGGUAAAGCAGUACUUCCAGAAAUUUGCAAAACUUGAUAAAAAUUCACUUGCAGCUUCUGGCAAAAAUGACAAUUUGCUCCUUUUUUGUGAUCUAUCACCAAAUAAGUCUGAAAGUGUUUCUCCUCCUGAAAAAUGCCCAAAACAGUCAUUUUCCCAACUACAGUCUUAUCUUUCUGACCCCAGCAGCUAUUCUUUGGAAAUGUCCAUGGCCUUAGACUGUUUGGCGGGCAGUCCUCAGUCCCUGUGCGGCAUUUCUGACAGAACCUGUGAAGCUGACUCUUCUUUCGUUUUGCCACCGGACUCUGUGCCUCCUGAUAUAGCAGCAGAGAUAAGAGUUGAAACUGAAAAACCUAAGAAUGUUCCAGAAUUGAACCAGUGCCAGGAAGAUGCCAAGGCGGAAGUGAACCCAGCAGGUAAUCUGAAGAUGCAGCAGAAUAAGAGGAAAUCCAACAGAGCCAUUGUGACCAGCACAAAGAAGAAAUGGGCCCCUUUGAAAAUUCUUUCUGUGGUGGACAGCAACAGAAAAGGGACCAAAAAGAAAAGGAUGAAUGUUUCUUUUCCUUUUCCCAAAAAACAGGGUCUUGCAACAAAUUCUAAUGAACCCACACUUAAAUUAGCAAAUUUGCAGUUUCCACAUAAAAGGAAAAGAGGUGCUGAGGUACUGUCUGCAGAAUUUGUACACAGAACACAAUCUGAGCCUACAACUAAAGGAACGUCUUCGCCUGUAGAUACUAGUUUGGCUACCAAGAAACCAAGGAAACUUAAGCAACCAGAUGCAAAAAAUGAUCAGACUUCUGAGAAAGUCGCAAAGCAAACAAAAAGUAAGACAAUAAAAACCAUACCUAAAGGGAGCUGUAAGCCUAAAGCCAUACAGCAAUUGGAACCUGUAAAGAAAGAGAUGUUGUCACUGUCAUCAAAUGACAUUCCAUCAGAAAGUCAAGGGACAGUCAGUGGUGUAAAUGAGACUUACACACACAGUGUUACUGCUCAAGAUGUCAACCUGACUCUGAAAGGAAGUAACUGUGAAUCGCAUGGGUUGAAUUUGUUGGCUGAUCUAGCUCUGAGCUCUUGCAUUCCUCCAGUUGAUCAUAAAGAUAGUAGAGUUGCCUCUCCUUAUGACCUGUCAAAAGAGCGACGCUCUCUUCGGAAAAGGAAGCCUUCGCGAAUUGCUUCAGAUCAUGAGUACCACAGGGUGGAUAAACAUCUAAAGGGAGGAUCCUCUUCUAGCCAAACAGAGAAUCAGAAACUUUCUUCUCCUGCAAAAUCUGAUUUAAGAAAAGACUUAGCUGCUUUCCCAAAAGAUAAAAGCCCUGUAAUUUCCAGCAAGAAGAACUGCACAAGCCCUAAUUCUGCCAAAGCCCGGCCAUUGCUUUCCAAGGAGGUGCUAGAUACUUCAGAUGUGAACAAGCAUUCUUCUAUUGCCUCUGAGCACUCUUAUGCCUCACAGAUAUCAGAACAUUCUAAAAAAAACGCCCUCCCAAAAGGAGCACAGGGCCCUGCUGCCUUCCGAAAUGGAGCUAAAAGUGCUAAAUCGGGUCCUCUAGUUGGGAAAGUUCUGCCUUUCCGGCAUCAGCAGAACAAUACUCAUAUGCAGAAGCCAUUUGACGAUUUGGUGGUAAAACACAGAAGAGGUGCCCUUUCUUCCAGGUUGAAGGAAGACUUCUCCAAGUCUCACACAGUGAAGAGCUGUGAUGGAUCUGUUAAGGUGACAUGUCAAUGGGAAGCUGAAUACCUCUUCAAUUUAGAUAGCAAAUACACCAACAAUUCUUUAGAGAAAACUGUAAUUCGUGCUCUGCAUGGGCCCUGGGACCCUGGUAUGCCCGAUGAUGUGGAAGAAAUGAAACUUAUACUUCACAUGUGGGUAGCUCUGUUUUAUAGCAAACCAAACAAAUUCCUAAGCAGUACAAGGAAGGUGGUAGAACACAGUAACCCUGAAAAAUAUGUAUCCAUAAACAGUAGUCUGGAUGCUUUUGAAUUAAGUGAUGACUGUGAAGGAGCUUUUGAUCUAGAAAAGUGCCCUGCAGAUUCUCAAUCUGAGGCCAAUCAGACUUCCAGCACUACUCUGGAUCCUUUUGAAUUAAGUGAUGACUGUGAAGGAGCUUUCGGCUUGGAAAAAUGUCCUGCAGAUUCUCAGUCUGAGGUCAAUCAAGUUUCCAGCAGUAUCCAUAGCACAGUGUCAUAUUCCUCUGAGCAAUUGCUUUUUUGUGAUGAACCGUCAUCCACGGGUUGUAUAAAGACCUUUUCAAACAAUGACUGCAGUGAUCCCAGCAGCCCGCCUUUGAAAGAUGGACCACAAGAGGUGAUUAUUGAUGGAUGCGUAGAUAUUGUCCAUGCAUUCAAUAAGGUUGAUGAAGAGAAGAGUGAAAGAGAGGAAUUACUGGACCCUGUAAUUUCUAUCAGUAGCUCUACCUGCAACCCUUCUGGUAAACCCAGCAAUAUAAGGAUAAGACCUGAAGAAUUUUCCACUGAUGACUCAGAUGAAGCACAUCAAGCCCUUGAUUUAAGUAAAGUUUCACAGAGUGACUCUGCAUUUUCGCAGACUGAAUUUCCAGAGAAGCAGGAAAAUGAACAGCCAGCGAUUAUUAGUGAUGAUACUGUCAUUUCUGAGGAAAGAAAGACACUGGACAACAUCACUCUCUCUGCAGAGGACAAAGACAAUUGCCAGGCUGGUGGUGAUGGAUCACUACGUCUCUGUGAAGCAAUAGAGUUAGAAGUGAAUAUGAAGAGCACAAAACAUGAUAGCCCAUGUGGAAAAGGGAGAGAACCGUAUGAUCCAUUAGAAAACCAGGGAGAAGAGGAGGAGGAGGAGGAGGAGGAAGAUUUUGACUAUGAAAGUAUAAAUGUAGAACCAAUUGAUUUAGCACUUUCUGAAAGUAAUGAUGCUGAUCUGGAACAUGAAGAUAUGGACCAGGAUCCAAUCAAUGUAGUACUUCCUAAGGAAAUUUGCAUACCUGAAGAGAGCAAAGCAAUCAGUCCAGUUGACUUGGAAGAACCCUUUGAUAAUGUAUUAACUCUAACAUUAUCACCUUGUGCAAGUCCUGUCCGGGAAGUACCUUCUGAUGAAAUAACACAAUCUGAAGAUGCACUUCCUGAGAACCAAGAAAUCACUGUCCAACCAGCCGAAGAAAUUAAUGCUGCACAUAUGGAACAUGAAGAUAUGGACCAGGAUCCAAUCAAUGUAGUACUUCCUAAGGAAAUUUGCAUACCAGAAGAGAGCAAAGCAAUCAGUCCAGUUGACUUGGAAGAACCCUUUGAUAGUGUAUUAACUCUAACAUUAUCACCUGGUGCAAGUCCUGUCCAGGACGUACCUUUUGAUGAAAUAACACAAUCUGAAGAUGCACUUCCUGAGAACCAAGAAAUCACUGUCCAACCAGCCGAAGAAAUUAAUGCUGCACAUAUGGAACAUGAAGAUAUGGACCAGGAUCCAAUCAAUGUAGUACUUCCUAAGGAAAUUUGCAUACCUGAAGAGAGCAAAGCAAUCAGUCCAGUUGACUUGGAAGAACCCUUUGAUAGUGUAUUAACUCUAACAUUAUCACCUGGUGCAAGUCCUGUCCAGGACGUACCUUUUGAUGAAAUAACACAAUCUGAAGAUGCACUUCCUGAGAACCAAGAAAUCACUGUCCAACCAGCUGAAGAAAUUAAGUCAUCCGCACAAAGUGAUUCAGUAGAGGACAGCUGCAUUUCUCAGGAAGACAGCGGAACUGGUUCUGUCGAUUACACUUCUCUGAGUAUUAAAGAAUCAAAUCAAGUACAAAGCAAUACAGCAACUCAAGGAGAGCAAAGGAGCCCUUCUACUGACACAACAGAGCUGCUGAACAAAUCUUCAGAAGCAAGUGAAAGCCCAUGCCUAAUAUUUGAAAAUACACACUUGGAAGCUGACUCUGAAGCCAAGAAAAGCUGUGACAAAUAUAAGAAUACUGGAGUCUGUUCUGUUACUAAAAAGUCACUAUGUAAUGAUGAAUUAAACCAGGUAACUAUGGUUAUUACACAUGGAGAACAUGAGACCUCUCUUUGCAAAUUGGUAGAAUCAGCUUGCAUCUUAUCAGUGGAUAAUGAAAAAUCUUUUGCUAAAGAACAUUUGGACUUGAAAAAAAUUAAUUUUGUAAACCAUCAGUAUACGCACAGUCUUAUUUUGAGUGAGGAAGAGACAAGUCCAACUGACAAGCCCACUCACACUGACCCAGAAUUGAUGAUUGGCACUCCUUUUCAGCAGUAUAGCAGCCAUAUUAGCAGAGAGACUGAACUCCAUGAAAGUAUAUUAGAGCUAAGUGAGCAUGAUCCAGUGCUUUGCAAAAAUAUGAAUUCUGACCACACUGAUCAAAUAGGUGUUACGGAAAUGUGCUCCAUCUCUGAGAGUCGAACACCUUUGCCUUCUGGGAAUGACUCCUCAAGUUCUUGUUAUACAGAACGACCAAAGAAAGAGAAAUUUCUCGAACAUGAAAUGCCUGUAGUUAAAAUAGCAGACUUACUGGGGAGUGAGGAAGAGAUUUCUCCAGCUGACAAGCCUACUUGUACUAACCCAGAAUUGUUGACUGGUGUUGCUUUUCAGCAGCAUAGUAUCCCCAUCAGCAGAGAGACAGUUCUGCACACUAGUUUAUUAAAGCAAAGUGAGAAGAAUCCAGUAUUUUCCAAAAGUAUGAAUUCUGACCACACUGAUCAAAUAGAUGUGAUGGAGAUGUCUUCCACAGCAGAAGAAGUUUUCUCAGGUUCCUGUUACACAGAAUGUGCAAAAAAAGACAUGUUUUUUGAACGUAAAAUCCCUGUCGGCAAAAUAGCAGACUUACUAGAGAAUGAUGACAAAGAAGAACCCACAUCACGAGAGGAAUUUGAUCUAGGAAGGACUAGCCCUGCUGCGAGCACUGCAUCUAUUUUAGAAGAGGAAGAGGAGGAACAGUUCUUAGAAGCGUGUGACCAGAGCUCUGUUUGUGAAAUAACAGAACUGCAGAGUGAUUGUAUGAUGGAAGAAUCUAAUAUGUUUGCUGAUUUACAUCAAACCGACUUAGAUGUCACUAGGGAAGAAACCCCUGUUUCCUCUGUUCAAAUGCCUACAACGUUAUAUGCGCACACAGACUCUAGAGAGACUCUAGAAGUGAGUGAUACUGAGGAUAUUUUGGAGAAACGUUUGGCCAACCAAGGUACAAAAUUCUCUAACAAAGAUAGAGGUGUGCAUUUGACCUUUGAAAGUUUAUCGUAUGAGUCUUUUUCUGGAGACUCUGACCAGGAGUACUUUGGAGGUACUGUACAUCGCACAGCUAAAUUUAGGGGUUCUUGUGGCACAAGACCCAUUGGUACUAUCUGCGCAACAACCGUUACAAGGACUAAUUACGAUUGUUCAUGUAUAAGCUCAGCGAAUGAAAAUUGGAAGAGGGAUGACUGGGACUCCUUGGAAGCAGGCAAAAGAUUUUCAGUUGAUGAGUCAGGCUGGCCUGUUGGGUUUAGGGAAGAUGAUAGCUAUGUGCCCCCUUUUGUCAAUAUUAAAGAUGAUCAGGGCACUGUGAGGGAUUAUUCAAACUUUAUUGUUACCAAAAAACACAAAGACAAAACUUUACAAUCUUCAAAGAGACAUGACCAUUUUGUGGAACGAUCUGACUUAAUAAGCUCGUUGACUAGGACCUGGAAGGUUAUUGAUGAUCUUACCCAGAACACUUUAGAUAUGGAAUGUCUGCGUUUCAGUUAUAAGCUAAAACAAGUAAUAAAGAGCCAGAAAUCACAACUUUCUACCUCCAAUUGUGUCUUUCCAAAAGAGUUUUCUGCCCAGGUAAUGGCUGAGACUUUGCCCCUGAGAGAGGCUCCUGAAGCCCCUAGUCUAAAUUUACCAUCCAGGAGUAGGAGCCCCCUUCUGGUAACAGUUGUGCGUUCAGAUACAAGGCAGCGUAGUUCAAGUUGGCACCCGAGAAAUGAUAUUUACACAGAUUUUGCUGAACCACCUCUCUUUGUUCCAUGGCAGGAUAAAUUUAGCAGUGAAAGAAAUGCGGCAAAAGUCAAAAGCCAGGGCUGUGACUAUGGUAUUCCUUUACAUCUCAGCAAAUUAAAAUAUGAUGAUAAACUAAAAGAAUCCCGGGGGGAUAUUUCGGUCAUUCUAAAUGAAUAUGCUGAGUUCAACAGGGUGAUCUUGAACAAUAUACAUGCGGGUAACAAAGGAAGAGAUCAGAGCACUACCUCAGAAGAGUGUGCAGGCAAAAGGAAAAAAUGCACACAUUUCCCCAAAAGAACAGCCUCCUAUGAGAACAUGAUUAGUGACUUAUGCAACACUCUACACUACAGACUGAAAAGUGUUGUUAAAGAGGCUUGCAAAAAUGCUUGUAUGUUCUACCUAGUUGAAACAGAAGAUGACCCUUUCUUUGUGAGAAUGAAGAGCUUAUUGAAGAAAGGUGGCCACACAGAAAUCGAACCUCUGAAUUUCUGUAAAACACAACACCUGGAGACAGACAGACUGAUUGUCAUUAUUAGAAAUGAGGACAUAUCUUUGCAUAUUCAUAAAAUCCCUUCCUUGCUGAGAUUAAAGCAUUGCCCAAAUGUAACCUUUGCUGGAGUGGACAGCCCAGAGGACGUAACUGAUCACACUUAUCAGGAGCUGUUUCACAUGGGGGGGUUUGUGGUCUCUGAUGAUGAAGUGUUAGAAACUGUAACUUUAGGUCAGCUGAAGGAAAUAAUUAAAACACUGGAAAAGUUGAACAGUCAUGGAAAGUGGAAAUGGCUGCUUCACUACAAAGAAAGUAAAAAACUAAAAGAAGACAUAAGGGUGGAUUCUACUGCGCACAAAAAGAACUGGAUACUGAAAUCGUGCCAAGAAGCUAAUACUGUUGAAGUUCUUCAUUACCAUCAGUGCGACUCCAAAUCAUGCACAAAAUCCGAGCAUCUGAAGUGCUUAUUAAACUUGCAGGUUCAGCACAUCAGUGCUAGGUUUGCUGUGUAUCUCACAGAUAAGCCCAGUGUCAGCAGAGAGGUCUUUGAAAGCAAAGGGAUCCUAGUCACUGAUGUAAAUAACUUCACUGGAACUGUGCAAAACAUGGUUUUCCCAUUUCAAAGCAGCUAUUGGUGAUGAAAUUCAAGGACAGCACAGGUGGUUCCAGUGACAAAGAAUGAAGCUUUUGUUAAAAUAGUUUAGAUAAAGGUAACUUGUUCGGGUUCUGCUGUUACAGAGUAAAGCUCUAGGUGCAGAAGGCAGAGGUAGUAGAUUUCCCUUUUUUAGUAGAAUGUUAAUUAUUUAAGGAUAGCCAAUGAGUCUCACUAGAGGAACAGCUGCACCCUACUCCAGCUGCAUAGGAAGAGAGCUAUUUUAAUGUAUACAGUAUUUUAAAUUAUUUGUUUUCUGAAAUUAGUACAGCUACAUAUGGAAACUAGGGGAAGUGCAGUUUACUUGAAGCUUAGGAGAAAUGUUAGUCCAUUUUAGCAAGUGCUUUUUAUAAAUGUGUGUUUAUGUAAAUAAGAUACUCAACAUGCAUGGGGUAUAUGAGCAGCAGGAGUUUUGUACAUUUUCAGCGUGGUCAAGAUUACUCCAGCUCACUAAGUCUGCAAUUGGUCAAUCAACACUACAUUAAGUUCUCACUAGUUUUCUGAUGGUACCAUUUCCCUUUGACUUGGGGGACUUCUGUUUUCCACUAGAUGGAACUCUUGUAAAUAGCAGAAUGUCAGGCUUCUGGAACAAAAAUCAUAUUUAUGGUAUUCUAAAAAAAAAAAAAAUUUUUGAAAGGAAACUUCAGCAGUCAAGCAACAUUUGUAAGAUACUUAAGGUAUCUACUGGGAAGUGUUUUGUAACCUUUUUUUUUUUAAAUAAAGCAGACUAAAAUAAAGCUGUCGUGUACAGGAUGACUAAAACGUUUGACUAAUAAAACAAGACAAUUCAAAGUCUCA